GUUCAGAAUACACGACAAUGGUAAAAACCAACAAUCUUGAGGCCGUUGUGGCCCCUUGGUUUUUUGUAAUGUAUAUUUUUGGAUUUGGCAGUUUUCGCCAAUCAGUCCCGAUGUCCACUGCAGCUCCGAGGUUCCGCAAAGGCUUCCAAAUAUUCUGCUGUUUGUUUGGAAUUUUUUGCUUAAUAGGACAGAUUCUUGAAUCUACCGACCUUCUCUGCUGGAACCUAAGUAGGUUGAAGGAUACCACAUGGUCUGCUGAACAAAUCGUCGAUGUCUUCGUCUAUUAUCAGACCUUUGUCGUUAUUGUUGUUGGAUCGAUGUACCUCAUGGCGACUGUGCAUCAUUGGCUAGAGUUCGUUCAUCAGAUACAGUUGAAAUACGGGCAUCAUCUCACGGCAACAUGGAAAUGGUGCACCAUGACUUUUAUCGUAGCGGCAUCUGGGCGAAUUAUUUAUACGGCUGUGAAAAGCGUGUUCGAAGAAGUCACACGAUUGGAACGCGCAGAAUUUUGCAUACCUGUUGUAGUAAAUACGCGUAAUUCUGUAACAAAACGACUGAAAUGCUAUGUUAAGUUAUGCGCGCUCGCAAACACUGUUGGUAUCGAUAUUGCCCGCUACACCAUUGCAGUGGCAGGUUUCAGUGUUGGUUACUGUUUUGGUGGUUUAUCCAUAGCUUUUUCUGAACGCUUCAGCAGCACUAAUUACUUGGAGGAUCUGCUACAAGAUCAUGCUGCAUUAGGUGAAAUGGUGUUUCGAUUCGACAGAGUUGUGUCCCCGGUACUGUUUGCAAUAUGUAUGUAUGCCCUGACAACACUGAUGAAUAUUGCAAAGCGGAUUAUGUUGCAAGAGGCUCGGAGCUUGCUAGAACUUCUACCUGAACUAAUUGAUAUCACUUUACUGACAUGGUCACUGAUCUAUCUUGCGGAGCAGGCCGGCGCUUUAAAGAAAGUGCUACAAAAGUUCCUCCAGUCUCCUGGGAGCCAGUUUCUGGAUAAGUACCAGCGCCAUCGAUUUGCAGCUCAUCUUCACCGUCUUACGUUCGAGUCUGUGGGAAUGACCUUGCUGAAAACUAUCGUUAUAGAUCGUGGGUUCGUCGUUACGAUCAUUAGUGCUGCUGUAACGUACAUGCUUCUCUUCUGGGAAUUACGCGAAAAGCAGUUUGGCGAGAGCGAAAUGAAAGAGAAGUAUGUCUUGAGAACGGAAUUAAUUGCCAAUAUCACAUGCAACAAUGUGCGGUAG